UAUGCUGCACAAUACUGUAAUCAAUAGUACAAUCAAUUUAUAUUUUUAUUGUUUAACAUAUUUUAUUCAAAGUUAUUUAGAACUCAUUUUAAAAAGUAACUUUGACUCACUAUAACAGUCAUUUAACUGUUUAAAGGUCUAAUGAAUCUCAGGCUUUGCCUUUUGUUUUAGAUAUUUUUUGGUUAUUUUGUUUUGUACUGCUGAAUUGUGUCUUCUUUAUUUUCCUCCCGUCUGGUACCCCAUUUAGUCUCUCAGCGCUGUUAAUUACCCUCAUCUGCUCCUCAUCUGUAUUUCCACUAUUUUAGCCACUGCUGUGCCAGUUCUCUGUGUGGCGAUGUAUUUGUUUGUUACCUUGUGUGGCGAUGUAUUUGUUCGUUACCUUGUGUGGCGAUGUAUUUGUUCGUUACCUUGUGUGGCGAUGUAUUUGUUCGUUACCUUGUGUGGCGAUGUAUUUGUUUGUUACCUUGUGUGGCGAUGUAUUUGUUCGUUACCUUGUGUGGCGAUGUAUUUGUUCGUUACCUUGUGUGGCGAUGUAUUUGUUCGGUACCUUGUGUGGCGAUGUAUUUGUUCGUUACCUUGUGUGGCGAUGUAUUUGUUCGUUACCUUGUGUGGCGAUGUAUUUGUUCGUUACCUUGUGUGGCGAUGUAUUUGUUCGUUACCUUGUGUGGCGAUGUAUUUGUUCGUUACCUUGUGUGGCGAUGUAUUUGUUUGUUACCUUGUGUGGCGAUGUAUUUGUUUGUUACCUUGUGUGGCGAUGUAUUUGUUGUGUCUUGCAUUGGCUAACCUUGUUCUCUCUCUCCGUUAUCGAAGUUUGAACUAACCUCCACAUUCCUUCCUAGGAAUGUGGCAACCAGUGAGCCGGUUUGGAUUAUUUUUCUCCCUUAAGGCUCUUUUGGCUUCUCGUUUACUUUUACGGACUUUGGCAGAUUACUCGCAUUACGGAGAGAACAGUCGCUCGUGCUUUCCUGUUAAACAGACAGGAGUGCCCUGCCGUUUUUUUUUUUUAGCUGUUUGGAAUCUUUGUUUACAAAAGAGUCCUUUUGUCGAUCUAGACAAUGAACUGUGCUUUUUAUUGUUGUAUACUGUUAUGUGAGGUCUACUUAUGACGUUCGCGUGAUUUCUACAUCCAAAAAUCAUCAAAAGAAGAAAUAGGCUAUUUUCUACCCAGGACUGUUUUAAUGGGCGUGCUGCAUUGAAGACACUUGGAAGUAAACGCCCAUCACUUUGAUUGGAUAGUAGUUUGUGUAGUUUGAGCCUUCUUUGAAUUUGGUUCGAGACAUAACGAGAUGAUUUUACUCAAAUUUACUGACUUAUAUCCCGGAUGUGAUGGCAAGGCUUUGCGUAUAGUUUGUAUAGCCUAUAGCUGUAUAGUGUUUAAUAAUAUGUUACCGUACCCGUCGGCAUUUGAUCAUGGGUCUCAAAUGUAAAGAAAAGAUAAUAAAUGAAAAGAUACAUUUUAUUACAUUUAUCAGAUACAUGAGGUUUGCAGUGAAUUGCAUCGCUGCCGGCGGCUAGUUUGUAUCCUCUGACACUUGCUUCACAUCACAUUUGUUCCUGGUCUAAAUAUUAGUGUAUUUUACUAUAGUUACCUAUCAUUGUCGUUGCCGAAUUAUUUAUAACUUUAUUUUCUAAAUCUAUAUUAAUUGAAGCGUAACGCCGCUAGCAUAUUAGCGUGUUAGCUUGCCUUCUGUUUACAGUGUGGAAUAUCAUCUCCCCCUAUUUGUCUUGUGUGCUAACUGUUUCUCUUUUUAAGCGUAUAUACUAAGACUCAUCAAGCAACCUUGGUAAGUUAGGAUUGCACUUCAUACCCGGUGAGUUAUGGCUUCUAUUCCUAUUGUUGUUACUUGCACCUCAUGUCAUAUGUUUAGCUUAGCCUUCUCUGUCAGCGGCGAGGGUUUUACAUGUAAUAAAUGCAGGGCAGUAGUUAGGCUGACGGAGAAGAUCUUAGAAUUAGAGUCUCGCAUCCAAUCUAUAUUUGAGGAUAGUAAGAGUGUUAGGACUGUAGAAAACACUUCGGAUGCGAGCAAUGUUAGCGCACACAGCUCGGUUCCGGUUGAAAAUCCCCUGCAGCUGGGAAACUUUGUGACGGUGAGACGGCAUAGUCGCAGGACAAAACAUCACUCAACCGUUCCGAUUAAAGUCUCGAACAGGUUUGCCCCGCUCAGUGACACACCUACUGAGAAACCUGCUGAAAGUGCCCUAGUGAUCGGUGAUUCUAUUGUCCGGAACGUUAACAUAGAGACACCAGCCACCAUACUCAAAUGUUUACCGGGAGCCAGAGCGCCUGACAUCAAGUCAAAUUUAAAUGUGCUGGCUAAGACUAAUCGUAAAUACAGUAAGAUUGUUAUUCAUGUCGGCACAAAUGAUGUUAGACUCCGUCAAUCGGAGAUCACUAAAGAUAAUAUUAAAGAGGUGUGUGAGCUCGCAAAAACGAUGUCAGACACUGUAAUAUUCUCUGGCCCCCUUACUGCUUACCGUGGUGAUGAGAUUUAUAGCAGAUUAUCAUCACUAAAUGGCUGGUUGUCUGAGUGGUGCCUGCAGAAUAAUAUAGAUUUUAUAAAUAACUGGAAGAGUUUUGAGGACAGACCUGACCUGUUGAAACGAGAUGGUCUCCAUCCCUCCUGGGAUGGGGUUUCCCUCCUCUCUAGAAAUUUGGCACACAGUCUUAAUAAUGCUAAAGUCUGACUACCUAGGGCCCAGGUCAGGAAGGAGACAGAAUGGCUUAACCAACUGUCUGCUUGCCGUCUCUCGUUACAGAAUACACAAAAUACACAACAUGUAAUAAUCCCUUUUUACAAACAACAUAAAAUAGAGACUGUGUCUGUCCCCCGGAUUAGCAAACAUAAUAUAUUGCGUAAACCUCUUGAAAGUAAUUUAAUAAACGUUAAACAAAUCAAACAUGAACAAAAUACAGAUAAUCAGCUGUUACGACUCGGAUUGCUUAAUAUUAGAUCUCUCUCAAAUAAAGCACUUUUUGUUAUCGAUUUGAUAACCGAUCAUAAAAUAGACAUGCUUUGUUUGACAGAAACAUGGCUUAAGCCAGAUGAUUUUAUUACUCUAAAUGAAUCCGUUCCCCAUGAUUAUUACUAUAAACACGAGCCUCGUCUAAAAGGUAGAGGGGGAGGUGUCGCUGCACUUUACAAGAAUUCUUUUAUUACCUCUCAGAAGUCUAAUUUUAAAUACAAUUCUUUUGAAGUCAUGGUACUUCACGUAUCGACACCUAAUACUAAGGACAAAACAUUUUUAAAAUUUAUUCUAGCUAUUGUAUAUAGGCCUCCAGGGCACCACACAGAUUUUAUUAAAGAUUUUGGUGGGUUCUUAUCAGAACUAGUACUGGCCGCAGAUAGAGUCCUUGUCGUCGGUGACUUUAAUAUCCAUGUAGACAAUGAUACAGAUGCCUUGGGACUGGCUUUCAAAGACACUCUUAACUCCAUGGGCGUUAGUCAACAUGUGUCAGGACCCACUCACCUUCGUAAUCAUACUUUAGAUUUAAUACUUUCUUAUGGUAUAAAUGUGGACGAUGUUAAAAUCGUUCAGCAGAGUGAAGAUAUUUCGGAUCAUUAUCUGAUAUUAUGUUUGCUUCAAUGGCCUACGGCUGCAAAUCAAACUCCUUGUUACAAAUAUGGUAGAAUGAUUACUUCAACUAUCAAAGAUGCGUUUCUCGAUAAUCUGCCUGAAUUGUCUAAAAUAUCUAGCAUGAGUAAAAACGUUGACGAUUUUGACACUACUAUUGAAAAUUUGAACACUACUUUCUCGGAAAUAUUAGACACAGUUGCUCCUCUGCGUUUAAAGAAAAUUAAAAAUAGCAGCCCAACACCGUGGUAUAAUGAACACACUCAGACUCUAAAAAAAGCGUCCCGUAAAAUGGAGCGCAACUUUAAGAAAACGAAUUUAGAGGUAUUUCGUAUAGCAUGGAAGGAUAGUCCUCGAAAUUCCUAAUAGAGGAAAACCAUCACAACCCUAGGUUCUUAUUUAACACCGUGGCUAAAUUAACAAAAAAUAAGUCGUCAUCGACGUCAGAUUCUGAUUAUCAGCAUAACAGUGAUGAAUUUAUGAACUACUUCACGAGUAAAAUCCAAGAUAUAAGAGAAAAAAUUAUAACAAUGCAACCUGUAGUGAAAUCCGCUGAACAAACUAACUACAGCACCCCUAAGGAGAAAUUGCAAUUAUUUUCUACAGUAGAUCACGAUGAACUGUCUAAAAUCAUUAGAUCAUCUAAAUCAUCAACAUGCAUGCUAGACCCUAUACCUACAAAACUACUGAAAGAAAUGCUCCCAGAAAUUAUGGAUCCUCUUCUUAGUAUUAUUAACUUGUCACGGUUCUGCCUAUCAUGUUUGGCUAUUCUUGGUCUUUAGGCAGAACCAAAACAGAAUUCCCUGUUUUAUGUGGGGAGAGAAGUUUUUAGUCUUUUGGCUUUCCAUACUCUCUCCCCGAGUCUCGUCAGUUCCCGCCCUUUCUGUCUCAUUAGCUUUCCUUGAUUGUUAACCCCUAUCACCUGGUCCCUAUUAAUUAUCCCUUGUCUGUUUCCCCUAUAUAUACCUCUCAUGUUUCAUUGUCUUGUGCUGGUUCGUUAUUUGUGGAUACAUGUACGUGAAGAUACUUGUGCUUAUGCUCAGUUGAUUGCAUCUGUUUUGCUGGUAUACGUUUACCCAGUCUUGCCUUGUUCCUGUUUCCCCGUGUCUUUGUUUGUCCAAUAAAUUCCUGUGUUACCCCUACCUCCUGUCUCGUGCUUGCCUGCACUUGGGUUCUCCCCCGGAAAUCCUAACAUUAACUCAUCUCUGACAUUAGGACAUGUGCCUAAAGCAUUUAAGGUGGCUGUUAUAAGGCCUCUUUUAAAAAAAACCAAACUUGACCCUAAAGAACUAGGGAAUUACAGGCCUAUAUCGAAUUUACCUUUUAUAUCUAAAGUUCUGGAAAAAGUAGUUUCAACUCAAUUAUGCUCCUUCCUCCAAAGGAAUGACAUUAAUGAUGAAUUCCAGUCUGGAUUUCGAGCAUGUCACAGUACAGAGACUGCUUUGAUCAGAGUUACAAAUGAUCUCCUUUUAGCGUCUGACCGUGGCUGUAUUUCGUUAUUGGUGCUGCUAGACCUCAGUGCUGCAUUUGACACCAUUGACCACGGCAUACUUCUACAUAGACUCGAAAAUUACGUCGGCAUUAACGGAAUAGCAUUGAAAUGGUUUAAGUCUUAUUUAUCCGACCGUUUUCAAUUUGUAGCAAUAAACAAUGAGGUGUCCCGCAAAUCACAAGUCCAGUACGGUGUACCACAGGGCUCAGUCUUGGGACCCCUGUUCUUCGCAUUAUACAUGCUACCUCUAGGAGAUAUAAUAAAGCGACACGGAAUUAGCUUUCACUGUUAUGCUGAUGAUACUCAACUUUAUAUUUCCUCGAUGCCUCAUGAAACCCAGCAGUUUCAUCGAAUAAAGGAUUGCAUAGUUGACUUAAAAAUGUGGAUGAGUAACAAUUUUUUACUACUAAACUCGGACAAAAUAGAAGUGUUACUUACUGGACCGAAAACUGCUAUGCGUAACAACCAAGAAUACUGCUUAACGAUUGACGGAUGCUCCAUAAAAUCCUCGUCAUCAGCUAAGAAUCUUGCCGUUGUAUUCGACAGUACUCUCUCAUUUGAAAGCCAUGUCGCCAACACCUGUAAAAUUGCAUUUUUCCAUCUUUAAGAAUAUAUCUAAAUUACGUCAUAUGCUGUCACUGUCAGAUGCAGAGAAAUUAAUUCAUGCAUGCAUGACAUCAAGACUAGAUUACUGUAAUGCACUUCUAGGUGGUUGCCCUGCGGGCCUAUUACAAAAACUGCAACUGGUUCAAAAUGCGGCAGCUCGAGUUCUUACGUACAAAAAAGUAUGAGCAUAUAACCCCGGUUCUGUCAACCUUGCACUGGUUACCUAUAAAGCAUCGCAUUAACUUUAAGUUCUUGCUUAUUACCUAUAAAGCCCUACAUGGUCUAGCGCCGCAGUAUUUGAAUGAACUUCUAUUGUAUAACAGACCUCCACGUACAUUACGCUCUAAGGGGUCCUGUCAAUUGGUAAUACCUAGAAUUUCAAAAUCAAGUGCCGGUGGUAGAUCCUUUUCUUAGCUAGCGCCUAAACUUUGGAAUAUUCUUCCCUGCACGGUCCGGGAGGCAGACACACUCUGUCAGUUUAAAUCUAGACUAAAGACUCAUCUUUUUAAUCUUGCAUACACUACACCUCCAUAAUAUUAAUCCUCAGAGGAUUUAGGCUGCAUUAUUUAGAUCAACCGGAACCAGGAACACAUCCAACAACAAAUGAUGUACUUGUUGCAUCAAAGAGUGCAGAACAGUACUCUACUCUCAGCCAGUCUUGUCUCUUUGUUCCAAGGUUACCGCAGGAUGCAGUUCAUCCCCAGACCUGAUGGCAGAGCUGAGAAUGGGAAGCGGUGACCUGACAAGUGCUAAGAGGAUAGAGCUGGAUAAAGGACGCGACAACUUUGUUUUUCCUACAACAUUUCAAAUGCUAUUAGAUUGUUAAUGAUAAUCUUUAAUCCUUAAUUUUUAUAUUUUUAUUAAGCCUUGUUGUGCAAGCACUGUUGAGCUUGUGCAGAGGCAGCAGCUUUUG